AUGUAUCAAUGUAUAAUACCACCACGAAUAUUUCUUGCUGUUGGCGUUGGUCUUCUUAUCGUUAGUCUUGUACUUGGAUGGAUAUCAUUUUCAGUACCGGAUUGGUUACAGUUUCAUGAACGUAUUAGUUCAAAAAAUCUUACGACGAUAGAGAAUAAUUUGGAUGAUGAUACUCGAAUUGAAUUUAAAAAAUUUGGUCUUUGGUAUAAAUGUACUUUUUCAACGGAAACAAAUGAUUUUCUUUGUUUACUAUGGAAUAAAGAUGCACCAAGUUUUGUUCGAGUUGCUCAAGUACUUAUACCAUUUGGUUUAUCAUUAGGAUGUCUUUCACUGUUAGCGGCUGUUAUUGGUUUUAUGUCGAGAAGGACUUUUGUAACUGCUGUAUUGUUUUCAGCAUUAUUUGCUUUCUUAAGUUGUAAGUAUAGACAAAUUUUUGCCUUUUAAUAAAAAUGUGUGAAAAUAUUAAUUGAAAUAAGAUAAAAGUUGAUUAAAUUUCGAAUAAGAAAUGAAAUAUCGAUCAUUAUAAUUUCGUUUUAUUUUUUUAAUUCGAUUUUAUUUCGAAGAAGUAUAUUUAAAAACGAUCUAUUAUUUUGAAAUAUAUAUAUAAAUGUCAUUCGUAAUCAAAAAUCGAUUGAAGUUAUUAUUAUGGAUUUGAUACGAUAUUUUUGAGAUCUAUUAAAAUAAAUAAAACUCCUUCUUUUUUUUUCGUUCGCUCUACAUACAUAUACAUACAUAUACAUAUAUAUAUAUGUAUACGUAACUAUUGCAAUAAAUCAAACAAUGAUUGCAUCUAGAAUAUAUAGAUAUAAAAGCGAUGACUCUAGAUAAGAAGUAGUUAAUUUUAGUUGUGUUGAUUGAUGAAAUAAAACUAACGUGACGUGAUUGAACCCCAAAGGUAGUAUUGCUUUAUAUCGAAGGCAAUAUAUAUAUGUAUAGGACUGUUGACAAUUGAAGUCGGGAGAUUUCGAAGAAUAUUUAUAGAAAAUGAUCCAAUAUUUUAUGAUAGACCAAGAUUUUUAUUAGGAUUGUGAAAUAGUAAAGUUAUAUAAGAUCAAAAGUAAAAAUAGAGAUUUAUUUAAAUAGAGAAAAAUAUUCGUAUUUACUAUGUCAUCUUUUUCUCGAUAAAAAAUGAAAACUGGAUCAUUUUAUAGUAAACGAAGUGUUUCGGAAAUAUUUAUUAGAUGCUUUUCUGUUUACUUGUUCAGAAUAAAUAUUCUUCUUCUAUCUUGACAGGGGCGUAGCGACGAGGGGGCGCGUGGGGUGUCACGCUCCUCAUGCCUUGGAAAGUUUUUGUUUUUUUUU